AUAAUGUUAGAGUCCGGUCCAGUUCCGGUUGUGAUAUUUGCACAAUGGCGCUGUUGUCCCCAAACAACGGGGCAAGUUUGGGCUAUUUUCAGUCGUCCCGACGUCAGUGAAGUCGUGUGGAGGCCACAAGUGCGUAGAACUGAAGUUCAGAGUCUCGCAAACCGUCAGAAGUACCAGAGACAGGGGAAUUUGAAACCGGUAUUUCAUGCAGAACUCCGGAUUCGAACUCGACUAGUAAGGUUGGCGCGAGUAGGCUGCCCCCCCCCCCCUUCCAGGCCAUUCUUAUGGUGAUUGCUGAUUGACUGGCAGAUGAGAAAAAGGUGCUUCCAAGUCGAAGACCAGUUUGUCAACACACCUUACCUGAAAAGGUGACAAGAAUCAGACAGUACAGAAGGAACACUGAUGAGGGAGGUGCACACUUACAUGUAGAGAAAUCUUCACCCUAGGCAGAAGGAUGUCGGGUGUGAAGGACCUGUACUCCUUCUUGGAGGAGGCGGAGCUACUGCAGUACUACAGCGCCUUCACCGACACCCUCAAGGUCGGCAACCUGUCGCAGCUCAAGUACGUGGAGGACGAUGACCUUGCCGCCAUCGGGCUCACCAAGCCCGAGAUGAGGCGCUUCAAGAAGUUCUACGACAAGGAGUGUCCCAAGGGAUUCACUGGCAAACUUAGGAAGAGCAUUCUGAGAACCCAUUCCAAGAGGGAAGUGUCCCACAAAAACAAGGUGCCGACAUCUCCCAAGGCGGACAGCACGGCUAAACCAGGGAAGUACAUCAUCCCAGCAGAGGCCAUCAGCAUACAGAAGGAGAUCGGUACUGGGGAGUUUGGGGUGGUGCAGCAGGGAUUGUGGACCAGUGAAGCCGGAGAAAGGGUUCAAGUUGCUCUGAAGUGCCUGAGUAAGGAACAGAUCCAGGCGGGCCAGUCUGACUUCCUGAAGGAGGCGUCCAUCAUGCACAGUCUGGAUCACGAGUACCUGGUCAGGCUGUACGGGGUGGUGCUCGACUAUGACAACUCCUUCAUGUUGGUAACAGAACUGGCGCCCCUGAGGUCCCUGCUGGAGUGUUUAAAGGAGCCCUCCCUCAGACCAAACUUCCCUGUCAUCACCCUGUGUGAGUUUGCUCUGCAGGUGGCCAAGGGCAUGAAGUACCUGGAGGACAACAGGCUCAUACACAGGGACCUAGCCGCUCGGAACAUCCUGGUCUUCAGUAGAGACAAGGUAAAGAUAAGUGACUUUGGCCUGUCCAGAGCCCUGGGAGUAGGGAAGGACUAUUACCAAACAAACUUCAAUGUCAAUCUCAAGUUGCCUUUAGCAUGGUGUGCCCCUGAGUCUAUAAACUACCUGAAGUUCACAUCAGCGAGCGAUGUGUGGGGGUUUGGUGUGACUCUGUGGGAGAUGUUCUGUUAUGGGUUCCAGCCAUGGGCUGCACUCACUGGUGCACAGAUCCUGGAAGCGGUGGAUGCGCCUAACUGCCAGCGUCUGGAGAAGCCAGACUACUGCCCAGAGAAGUACUACGAGCUGAUGAGGCAGUGCUGGGAACACGAACCUGCCAAGAGGCCCAAGUUCUCCGACAUUGUGGACAUCCUUCCCACGAUGAAGCCACAGCAGUUACGAGCUGCGACAGACUACCAGGGCAGCAGACCAGACUUUCUGUGUUUUCAAGCUGGAGACGUCAUAACAGUGCUAGAAAAGGGGCCAGAAAUGUGGAAAGGAUCGUUACACAACGGUAAGGUGGGGCUGUUCAGCCCGGCUAACACCGCGCCAUAUGAUCACAACUCUCCCGGCAAGGUCAAGGUCUACAAGAGAACACCACCAAGCAGUGGGUCUAGAAAAACAGAAAAGAGAAGCAUGCUCGCGUCGAUUAGGGCAAGCACCAGUAAACGGGGUGCCGUUGGGAAGGAAGGUUCCCUGACGAUCACCAGGGACAUGAUCAGUGGACCUAUGGGGGACUUUAAGCACACCAUGCACAUAGGGCUGAGGGGACAACAGGACGCCUUCGGGGACACCUCCUUCAUCAAGGACAAAUACCAUCUGCUGCCAGUCAAGAGUGCCUCAUGUGAGUGCUUGUCUGCAUACCAAGCGGCAGCACAACAGAACGGUCACUCCUCGGCCACGUCCACUCCUGAGCGGUCACCCGACAAGGCCGGACCCCCCAAACCGCCUCGCCUGCACCUUCCCGAAGGCGACAAGUUUGACGGGCGGACUUCUCCCCUUGGUCAGUCAUCCUCGUCUCCCAGCAAAUCGCAGGACUCGCUGGACCGCGCCCUGUCGGGGGAUGUGGUGAACUCGGACGUGUCGGAUCACGAGUAUCUGGAUCUGGAGGGCGAUGGUGGCGGGGAGGCCAACGGGAAGGACGACUUUGACUCCACCUCAGUACUGUCCCUGAACUUGGACCUUGGACCAUCUCUCCUGGACGAUGUGCUGAAGAUCAUGGAGACUGGAGGAGAAGAGAAAGCAGCUCCCCCUGCCAGCCCAGAGAAGAAAGACAAGAAGGUCCCCACAUCUAUCCCUGUCCCGACAAGCUCUGCACGGACGUACCGCAGAACCGCCAGCACGGAGUCUUCCAGCAGUGUUUCCAGCGGGCCUAGGUCGCCCACGAAAUCCCUGUCUUCUCUCACGUCUCAGACAAUAGAGGAGGGCAAAGUAACAAAAGGUACGGACAAUGCCCCCAGGAGUCCUAAGUCUCCCACAGACGUUGUUGCAUUAAAACUGUGUGAAACGAUCUCCCCCGACGGGAAAAAGGCGUACGAUGCGUUGGUUGGGGGUGUGUCCACUGACUCCAUAGCGGAGGCAAGGGAGCGGUCGCGGGUGGCUUAUCAGGAGGAGACCAAGGUGUGGGAGGAAAGGAUUAAGGGUGCUGCUUCUGAUAGGUCUUCCCAGGAGGACAGUAACUCCAGCCCGUCCAUAGGACGCCUGCGGUCCUUGGACAGUCCUCUCCUUUCCAGGCCGGUGCCGGAAGAGCCGGACGAAACCACAUCCACGGAGUCGGGGGAUUCGUCGUCCAAUCCGGUGCCGCUCCCGCCAAGAGUGCCUAUCCAGACCAACUGGCCCAAGCCGCGCCGGAGGACGAGAAAGUCCACCGCGUCGUCGACAUCGAGCGACAAGAGCUACUACAACCCCGGCACGGGGAGCACGUCGUCGCUACAGCACGCCUCGUCUCUGCCCGAGAUGCCUUCUCCGACGACGCCCAGGUCGCCCGUGUAUCCUAGCAACAACCGCAGCCGCACCAACAGCGAGGUGAACUCCCCCUUCAAAGGUAACGACAACGUCUUCCUUACCACCUCGCCCGAGGGCACCAUAACCUUUAAGAACUAUGUCCCCGAAGGCGAGAAGAAGGAGGCUGCCCCAGAGCCGGCCAAGAAGCUUCCCGAGGACCCCUUCCUCAGGCAGAAGAUGUUCAUGGCCGAUCCCUUCUUCGCGAUGGGGAAGCCCAGGACCAAACGCGAGCCCGCAGACUCCCGACUGAAGAAGAGCCAACAGAACAGCAGCUCUUCAAGUGCCAUCUCCAUCGACAACACCAGCUACGACGAGCUCUCAGAUUGCUCAUCGAACCCGCCUACAGGGGACUCCGCCAACGAAGCACCGAUGACGACGCGUAGGUAUCACCGUUCCCCGGGAAACGCCAGCUCUGCCACCGACACGUCAGAAACAGACGAAGGUUACAUGGACAUGACCGGCAAGCCGUUGUCACACCACAGAAAUGGUAAUAAAGACCGCGAGAAAGACAUUCCUCGACGUAGACCCCUUCGGUGGGAGAUAGUUGAGAUGCAGAGAGUGGUGGGGGACCAGGUUUCCACUGAGGACUGUCGCAUGGCACUACGGGAGAUGAGAUACGACGUCGACAAGGCCAUCAAGUUCAUCAAGCUGCAGCAGCUGGUUAAUAUGGAUGAGGGGGACUUUAAGUACGCCAAGCAGACGCUCAUAUACUGCAACUGGGACGUAGACAAGGCGGCCAACUUCCUGCUAGUCCACAAUCAAUCCCGCGGGAAAUCCACGGACCUGUAAGCACGGGCGGCGCAUUUAGCCGCGACCGCUCUCUAUCCAAUCACAGUGUGUGUUACAUACAUAGUGUGUUUACAAACAAAAUCUGCCAAUAGCAAGUCCUAUUACAGUGUAGUCGUUGUAGACGUUUGUAGAAUGUUACAUAUUAGAUAGCUUUGAAGCAGUCGUUUCGGCUUCUUGUAUAGUUUUCCAAGUUUUCAAGCUCAGCAGAAAUAUUUCCAGCAACUAUUUUUGAAGAAUAGCUACUGAAUUUUGUUAGACCGCAUCAAAUGUUGUCUUCAAUGAACAAAUUAUGUACAGAACUGUUGUGUAACAAAGCGAAGUUUCCCUGUAUAUUUUGUAAAGCUAAUGCUAAUUAUAUUUAGUUACUGUGCAUAUAGAGGUUUUUGCAGAAUUCUCCUAUCUAGUUAUGGUAGGCUAUCUAUCUAAGCAAGUUUCUAUAUAAUUCCAUUUUUCUGCAAAUGUCCAAAAUACCCCUUUUCCACCAGAUGGCAAAUACAGUGACAGUACAGCGACCAACAUAACAUUCGUAAAUUUCAUAUUUGCAAUAUGAUAGAAUUAAGAGACAACAAAACACAUAAAAGCAUUGAAAAUUCA